UGUUUGUUCUUCCCGAGAAGUUGUAGAGAAGGAGAAAAAAGUCACUGAAAGAGAGGUCAUCAGUUGGUUGGGACGGGGAGACUCAUGGACAUUAUCCCUCUACACACAUGUGCUCUAUACUUACAUGCAGGAGGUCUAUAAUUCACAACUUCUGGAAUUACUAGAGAUGGAUUAUUGUGUGUGAUUGUAAUCAUACAUGAACAUUUCUAUGGAAAAAUUGGAAUUCAAGAGAAAGAAUGAAAAGCCACUGAAUCUGGACAGAGGUGCAGUGAUACAGAAAUGUAAAUGCUUUGACUCCACACUGGAAUGUCGUCAUGAAGCUCCAAAAUGACAUUUCAGUUGUACCCUGGAAUUAAAACCCACUGUAUGAAAUAACCAGUUAAAACAAAGAGAUAAAUUGAAACCAUGGACUGUGCUGUCCUUCCCAUGGUGAUCAUCACCUUCAUGCUGCCCGGCUAUGUGCUGGCAGAUAGAGGGGCUCCAAAUAGUGUUUACAUCUUGCAGUCGACCACAAGUCAACUAGCACCUCACCCGCGACUCAAGCGUGGCUGGAUUUGGAAUGAGCUUUUUGUGGAGGAAGAAGACCCUAUUCUACGAGUCAUUGGCAAGCUCAUAACAGAUUCUGAUACUGGGAACUUUGCUAUCAAAUAUAUUUUGUCUGGAGAGGGGGCUGGUGAGAUCUUCGAAAUCGAUGAGUACACAGGUGAAAUCAGCUGCCUGAAGAUGCUGGACCGGGAAGAGAAGGCCUUCUACAUCCUACAGGCCCAGGCCAUAGACAGGAGGACAGAGCAGCCUGUUGAGCCUGAGUCAGAGUUUAUCAUCAAAGUUAAAGACGUUAAUGACAAUGCUCCUGUUUUCCAAAAUGAACCCUAUGUUUCCAGCAUUCCAGAGAUGUGUCCAAUGGGUACAACCGUUGUUCAGGUAACAGCAACAGAUGCAGAUGACCCACUGACGGGGAGCAAUGCCAAACUCAUAUACUCCAUCCUACAGGGGGACCCCUACUUCUCUGUGGAACCAAAGACAGGGCUGAUUCUUACCUCUUGGCCAAACAUGGAUCGUGAAGCCAGAGAGAGAUAUCUGGUAGUGGUCCAGGUCAAAGACAUGAUGGGUUUGAAUGGUGGCUACUCAGCCACCACAACAGUGACCAUCACCUUAUCAGAUGUCAAUGACAAUGGGCCCAAUUUUCAACACAACCUCUACACAUUUGCAGUGCCAGAGUCAGCUGCAUUGGGCACCACAGUGGGUAGGAUCAUGGCAGAAGACGGAGAUGUCGGUGUGAACGCCAGAAUGAACUACAGCCUGGAGGACUUGGAAGAAAGCUCCACCUUUAAGAUUCAAACUGACCCUGUGACUCAAGAGGGUGUGAUUCUGCUGGCCAAGCCACUGGAUUAUGAGAGCAAGAGACGAUUUGUUAUUGCCGUGGAUGCCAUCAAUGACCACUUAGACACACGGUUCCUCAGUGUCUAUGAGUUCAGCGACAGAACUACUGUGAAAAUUAUGGUGGAAGAUGUGGAUGAGCCACCUGUAUUCAGUGCGCUGAUGUACGAAUGGAAAGUUCCUGAAAAUGCGGUUGUUGGAACACAAGUUGGAACAGUCAGUGCAAGAGACACUGAUGCAGCCAAUAAUCCAAUAUUAUACUCCAUGGCCAAAGGCAGUGACAUGAGGAACGUUCUCAGAAUAGACCCCAACAAUGGAACUGUAACCGUGGCCAAACCUCUGGACCGAGAGACAGAUGACUGGCACAAUCUGACAAUUUCUGCCAAGGAGACAAGGGAGGGCUAUUUAUCGUCAUUUGUGGAGGUGUUUAUCCGAGUGCUGGAUAUCAAUGACAAUGCGCCACAACUUUCCAGAGAGUACCAGCCACAUAUUUGUGAGGGCACACAGGCAGGAGAGGUUAUUCAGAUGAUCAGUGCCACUGAUCCUGAUGACCCCAUGGAGGGCCACCAUUUCUACUUCUCCAUGGUUUCAGAGAAGAACACAAAUCCAAACUUUACUAUCCGAGAUAACCAGGAUAACACCGCAGGAAUCUUGGCUCGCCGGAGCACUUUCUCAAGGAAAGACCGCACCCAGUAUGUCUUGCCAGUAGUGGUGACAGACAGUGGGUCCCCUGCCAUGUCCAGCACCAGUACUCUGACCAUCAGUGUGUGCAUCUGCCAGCCAGCUGGGCACUGCCCGUCGGGUGGAGUUGAGGCUUUCGCCCUCUCCAUGGGUUUGAAUCUACAAGGUCUCAUGGGUCUUCUGGUCUGUCUGGCUACACUUGCAGUUCUCUCUGCACUAAUUAUUGCCGUGAGGAGACAUAGGAAGAGGAAUCAAGAGAAGUUGUCGGUGGAUGAAAUGGAAACCUUGGAGUACUCGGAGAAAGUAUUGCGGUAUUCUGAGCCGAACAGCAACCAGAACGACUGCCUGCCAGCCCAGGUCCCCCUGAGGCCUCACCCCAGGCGCCGGGAACGCCGGUUGCGGAGGGAAGAGGUGGCGGCCAGCAUCCGCAUGUCCCUGCGCCACUCCCACCUCAUUGGCCCCGAGGAUGAUGUCUUCCGCCAGUUCAUUAUGGAUCGCCUGGCUGAGGCUGACCAGGACCCAUACGCACCUCCCUUUGACUGCCUGCGAACAUAUGCCUUUGAGGGCACAGGAUCUGACACUGGAUCCCUGAGCUCUCUGGAGUCCUGCACGGUGGAGUCUGGGGCUGAGAGAGCCCGUGAGCCUACCACACGAUUCUUUAGACUCACUCCCUGGAUGGGCGGGGCAGAAGAAGAGACGAGUUUCUGAAUAAGAAAUGAAAGGUGAAGUAAUGCCCAACAAUGUCCGACUAAGAUGACAAUAUCUCCAUCCAAAGUAGAGAACAUAUGAGUGAGACUGAACUGAUGGGAGAUAAAAAGACUAGUUUACAAUAUACUAUGCCAAUAGACAUUUAUGAUUAUGGUUUAUAUUUAUAGAUCUUUGCCAAUAGUAUUGUAUUGUAUACUGUUUCUAGGGAAUUAAUGUCCUUUUUAGACUCCAUUUAUUACUUUUCUGUUAUUGUUAUUUAUCAAUUUAAUUUGUGUUUACAUGAAUUCAAUUUUCUGUGGCUCCAUUUGUAACAUAUUCCUCACAGUUGAUACUUUGCAACUGUAGACUAUGGAGUCGUGCUAUGUUUUGUAUUGAAUUGCAUCUACUCAGAAGAAUGCAUAAAUGACUCAUUUAAUAGUCCAGCGCUAGAGCAUAUGUAGAGCGUAUGAAACUUGAUACUAUCUUUUGGAUUCUCAAAUAAGACUCCACAUGAACUUACCAGAAAGUAGUACCAGAAGUAGAAUAUAAGCCUGAAAUAGUAAAAUGUGCUAUUAAAGGUGAGGGUCAGCGAUUGUGGAGGAAAUCACAUUUGUUUAUAUUUAUGUUUCUAUUUAAAUCUAUUAGCAGACACUUUUUUCCAAAACGUACAUUAUAUUUCAACCAAGGACCAAACGAAACACACCAGAGAGGUAGGUCACCAGUAUUCAGUAUUCCCACGGAAAUUCCUCACAAGUUUUUGUUUUUGUUUGGUAGACAUGCUGCCCCCACUUUGCUUGUUUCCAGUUUCUGGAGCCUGGGCUGCCUAAAGACACCAGGUCUUUUUUUACAGUGUACUCACAGAAUGGGCUUGUAGCGAAUCGUGAGGUGAUGAUUGCUGAAUGUGACAAAACAUGUUAUGGGCUUGAAAUAGCGUACAAUCGCUGACUGUACCUUUAAGACCCAAACAAGCCGGUAAAUAAACCAAGCAAUGUCCUAUAUAACUUUUACGUAAUUCACUGGUUCCAUUGCAUCUGUGUUUUGCUAACAAAGGGAUUGUCACAUUUUUACAUGACCUGACUGAUGGUACUCUGACUUAUAUUUCUCAAUCAUUAAAUACCUUAAAUAAUUGUUCAUAAAUCAUGAAGUUAUUCAAGUAGAAAGAGCUCUCAGUAGUUUAUGUUAUGAAGAGAGUGGGGAGACAGCUUGUUGACAACACCAAUAAAUAUUAUGAAACGGAGGAUUUCCAACCUGUGCACCAAGACAGCUCAAGCCUUCCCUUUCAUAAUUCAAAACAUAUGGGACAUUUAGAUGUUAGUCUUCAGUGGUACAUGGCUAAAUAUGUCACUGUGAGCUCUACCACAUUGCAUGUUUGGCAAGCCCAGAGUGUUUCGCCUACAUGAUGGCUUAUCUCACUGUCUACAAGCCUGGCUUGGGCCAAGCCAAGUUCUGGUAUUUACAUUUUUUCUAGGUGGCAGACGGUUGGGGAGGCUGGUGGCACCAAAGUAAUCCUGAUAGAGAACUAACGACGCCCUUGGGUUUACAGGGUGCAGAGUGGAAACAUCUGCCAUUAAAGACACAUAGUGAGAUUGCAUUGGAAAAGUAAGAGUCUAUGUACACAGAUAUUCAACAGCUACACUCCCUUGAGUAGGUGUCACAGCCAAACACUCAGAUAAGCAAUGGCAUUUGGACAUCACCUGUAAGUUAAUGCUGCCAUUUGGAGCCGGUGGUAUAUCUGAAAUAAUUUGCAUGAAAACACCAGUGGAGUGUGGAAAUAAAACCGAACAAAAAUCCAAGGCAUUUACAAUGGUACUGACAGAGGGUAUGAACUGUGAGAGGUAUGUUGCCAUUGCUGUCAAAGAAAAGAUAGAAUAAGCAAUUUCAAUCGGGACUCACCCAUUGUGCAUGUGAAAUGGUGAGAAUUGGCAGUGAAUACAUUCCUCUAAUGCCAUUCCGAGGACUGGGGCAUCUCAAGCUAUUCAGGGAGGAAACCAUUUAACCUUUUCAGUGUUCUUUUCCUUUGUAUGUAUAUCCACUAUGAAUACCACGGUUAAUUUAACAUGAGAGUUCCUUUUCCAUUGCACAAUUAUGUCCAUUACAAGUGGUGAAGGGAUUCACACCUUUGGCCAAACCGUGACUUAGGGUCAUAUUGUCAAUUCAACUCCGGCUUUUCAAAGAGCCGUGAAUCCAAUCAGCAUGGGCCAUGACAGGCACAAUACAAAAUUUCAUUAGGUCCUCCUCCAGUGAAAGACCUACGUGAUUGAACUAAAUCUGCACUUGACUGAUGUUCAUCUCUGUGUCCAUCACAAACCCUGAUUCUUUAAAAGACCAUAAAAGCAUGUCUGUGUGCAUUUGCUCUGACAUAUAAAAAAAUGAAAUAAAUAAAU